UCUCAGCUGGCAGAGAUGGACCAUCCAAAACCCGAGGUCCUCCCAGCCAGGCACUGCUGCCCCUCCCUAGGAGUGUGGGCCCUGGAGGCUGGCAUCAUGAGGCUCUCAGUGCCACCCUCCAUCAGCAGGCACUCGGCCAUGGUGAACGAACCCAGAGGGAAUGGCGGCCCCAACCCCCGCUUGGAGGGCAGCAGCAGCGGCAUGGAGAGCUCCAAGGAGAGUUCGAGAUGUUCCUCACCAGGGCUGGACCCUGAGCGGCACGAGAGACUCAGGGAGAAAAUGAGGCGGAGGAUGGAGUCCGGGGACAAGUGGUUCUCUCUGGAAUUCUUCCCUCCUCGGACGGCGCAGGGCGCUGUCAAUCUCAUCUCAAGGUUUGACCAGAUGGGGGCAGGUGGCCCCCUCUUCAUAGAUGUGACCUGGCACCCAGCAGGAGACCCUGGCUCGGACAAGGAGACCUCCUCCAUGGUGAUCGCCAGCACUGCUGUCAACUACUGUGGCCUGGAGACCAUGCUGCACAUGACCUGCUGCCGUCAGAGCCAGGAGCAGAUCACGGGCCACCUGCACAAGGCCAAGCGGCUGGGCCUGAAGAACAUCCUGGCACUGAGAGGAGACCCUGUAGGCGACCAGUGGGAGGAGGAGGAAGGCUGUUUCCGCUACGCUACAGACCUGGUGAGGCUCAUCCGCAGCGAGUUUGGUGACUACUUUGACAUCUGUGUGGCAGGUUACCCCAAGGGCCACCCCGACGCGGAGAGCUUGGAGGACGACCUGAAGCACUUGAAGGAGAAGGUGGAUGCGGGAGCCGACUUCAUCAUCACCCAGCUUUUCUUCGAGGCGGACACGUUCUUCCACUUCGUUAAGGCUUGUUCCACGAUAGGCAUCACCUGCCCCAUCCUCCCCGGAAUCUUCCCUAUUCAGGGCUACCACUCCCUGCGGCAGCUUGUGAAGCUGUCCAAGCUGGAGGUGCCGCAGAAGAUCAGGGACGUGAUCGAGCCCAUCAAGGACAACGACGCUGCCAUCUGCAACUACGGCAUCGAUCAGGCCGUGAGCCUGUGCCAGGAGCUGCUGGCCAGUGGCCUGGUGCCGGGCCUGCACUUCUACACCCUCAACCGCAGGAUGGCCACCACCGAGGUGCUGAAGCGCCUGGGCAUGUGGGCCGAGGACCCCAGGCGUCCCCUGCCCUGGGCCGUCAGUGCCCACCCCAAGCGCCGGGAGGAAGACGUGCGUCCCAUCUUCUGGGCCUCCAGACCGAAGAGUUACAUCUACCGCACCCAGGACUGGGAUGAGUUCCCCAACGGCCGCUGGGGCCAUUCGUCCUCCCCAGCCUUCGGGGAGCUGAAGGACUACUACCUCUUCUACCUGACCAGCAAGGCCCCGAGGGAGGAGCUGCUGAAGAUGUGGGGGGAGGAGCUGACCAGUGAAGAGAGUGUCUUUGAAGUCUUUGUCCAUUACCUCUCGGGAGAGCCAAACCGGAGCGGCUGUCCAGUCACUUGCCUGCCCUGGAAUGACGAGCCCCUGGCGGCCGAGACCAGCCUGAUGAAGGAAGAGCUGCUGCGCGUGAACCGGCAGGGCAUCCUCACCAUCAACUCCCAGCCCAACAUCAAUGGGAAACCGUCCUCCGACCCGGUCGUGGGCUGGGGCCCCAGCGGGGGCUAUGUCUUCCAGAAGGCCUACUUGGAGUUCUUCACCUCCCGAGAGACGGUGGGGGCACUCCUGCAGGUGCUGAAGAAGUACGAGCAACGCGUUAACUACCACAUCGUGGACGUGAAGGGUGAAAACAUCACCAAUGCCCCCGAGCUGCAGCCCAACGCCGUCACCUGGGGCAUCUUCCCUGGGCGAGAGAUCAUCCAGCCCACGGUGGUGGAUCCUGUCAGCUUCAUGUUCUGGAAGGAUGAAGCCUUCGCCCUGUGGGUGGAGAAGUGGGGCAAGCUGUAUGACGAGGAGUCCCCGUCCCGUAUGAUCAUCCAGUACAUCCACGACAACUACUUCCUCGUCAACCUGGUAGACAACGAGUUUCCGCUGGACAACUGCCUGUGGCAGGUGGUAGAGGACACUUUUGAACUUCUCAACAGACCCGGAAUGAGAGGGGACAGGCUCCGUGACCCUGCACCCUGACAUCCUUAGGCUCCUAGACGCCCUCACAUACAACAGCAGCCACACGGUGUGAGGCUCCGGGCUCUGGCUGGACCUGAGUCAGCCCCACGCCAGACCUGGUGUUCCCCGCUCGGCCGGGAGAUUUUGCUCUUCUGGGGGGAGCACCUCCAUCCCGCCCAGGACCACGGUGGGUGGAACCCCAUCCUCCCUGAGACGGGAGGAGACGUUAUUGCUGACGGGGCCCUCGCACCAGGCGGCCUCUCGGAGCAGCCUGAGACCGCCAGUGACUGCACUUGGCUAUGGAAGACGGGCAGAGCACACGGCAGCAGGCACGGGUGGCAGUGCCGAAUAGCUGGGGCAGAGUGAAGAUGCUGCCCCCUCUGCCUCCAAGACCUUGGCAGCUGGGCACUUCCUACUUGUAAAUGAAGGGCAGACACUACCCUUGGCACCAGGCCCCCGGAUGGGUCUGGGGCUGAAACCUAAUAAUACAAGCCCCCUUCUACCCGGGAGCCCAGCUGGGCUUCACCGUCCGCCACGCUGCUUUCGGAGCAGGCGUCUCUGUAUCCUGGUGGCGCAAGAGAUACAGUCC